CCGGAAGUUUGAAAAUUUGAAAGUUACCAAAAUCCAUUAGUUCUACUUUUUCUGCUAUUAUGAGUCGUAUUUAUGAUAAUAAGCCGCUAUCAUCUCUUCCUGUAGAGAACCAUAACUGGGGAACAUCAUGGGAUAAACAAAAAGUGAAGACAAAAGAUGGAGGAGCUAUAAUUGAAGGGACCAUAGAAAAGAGAUCAAAACAUUCCAUUCACGAUACAGUGCAAAAUAAGGUGAGAUACCUGGUGCUGCAUGUAAAGAUAUCAAGGGCCCACAAAAGGCAGUAUGAUGACAAAGGAAAUGAAGUGGAACCAAAUUUUAGUGAAACACAAAAAGUCAGAACUGGAUAUCUUCAUUCCUCUUAUAAGACAGAGGGAAAGGGUGUUUCAGACAAACUGACCAAUGAGGAAACAAGAUCACUGAUUGAUUCCCCUGAGAUAACAUCCCUAACCUCCAAGCAUGCCCAGCCAGAACUUGCUGCUCUCUGGAUGGAGGAGAAUGACAGCAUGGAACUGGAGAAUGGUGACUCUGUCAGGGUGAAGACAUAUGGAGGAGGACCCUUUAUAGAAAGUAUCGCAAAGCUCGAUAUUCAGUCAUCCACUGUGUCAAACUAUGGAGGAGGCCAAGCUGUAGGUGGCUCAUGGACUGACAAGGUGAUGACAGUGAAGGCACAAGACAGGGUGGCCCCGCAAGAGAAUGAAGGUGUAGAAGAUGAUGAAUGGGAUGACUGAGCAACCAAACCUAUAUAUUAUAUAUAAUCUUCAAAUGAAGUCAGCCAGUUCUUUAUCAGAUCUGUCAAUCAUGAUCAUCACUCUGCUUGUAUGCUGAUAAAACACACAGUGAUCCGCCACAGAUACGAUGUGCAUCCAUUUGACAUUGAGUCAUACUCAACAUUGAUGGAAGAAAUCCCAUUUAGAGAAGCAUGAGGCACGUUGUAUACAAGAGGAGGACAGUUUAGCCCCAUUUGCACUUUGCAUAUGCUUCAGGUGAUAGAAAGAUUGUUCAUGAAAAGAUGGCAGCACAAAGGAACUACCCUACUGCUAUCUUUAUAUUGGCCUAAACAUAAUGCCUAUUUGUAAACAGCAAUGUCAAUCUUUGCAAAAGUACUUAGAUCAAAAUAGAAUGCUAACUGAGUUACUUUAAUGUAUAUUGUCAUUAAUUAGAAAUAAGGAGUGAUAUGGUUGGAAGAAAAAUACUUCAUAUGGACCGUAUUUCUAACUUGAAAUUAAUGUACAUGUUUGAUUUAUUGAUAAUGAUGUUAGUUUUACAGUACAUCUACCAUAGAUAAAUGGGCAGCUAAAAUAAUGUCCCCAAAAAUCAUAACUACAUUUUUAUUGACUUUUCCUCUGCUUGAAUAUUAAAGGUGUAUAUUCUAUAUUUAUCCCAGAGCUUUCUCAAUGCAUGAAAAAUAUGUUAUAUAUCCGAUCAAUUUUUGUUAUAUCCAAAAAGUUACCAUAAACACAUUUAUUCCAUUUCCAUGAUUAACAAUAUUAUGGCAAUAAAUAAUAUUCACA